UGCAGGUUUCAUAUUCCCAUUCUCUCCUCUACCUUGGUCACUAACAUCGGAGAGUAAAUGCGCCAUGCUCCUUCUAUGGCCCUUUGUAGUACCUGUCUCUUUGUCUCUGUCUCUCCUCCUUUUGUUUGGGAAAUGUGCUGAGAGACAGAGAUAGAGAGACCGAGCGAUUGCCACUUUGGCUAUGGUAGAGCCUAGUCGUAGUUGGAGCGUGACAUCACACUCCCUGCUCUCAGGUUUCGGAAGCAUUCACACUUCUGGCGGCAGACACACGGCACGCGGGCAGCGACUGGGGCGAGACUGGGCUGGAGGCUACCUGACAGCUGGGACGCUUUAUUUUCUCGCGAGCUCUCUGCCAUCUGAGCGCACUUCACAGGAGACGCUUCAAAGCCACGGACUCGUUCCACUUGUUCCAGUCGCUCGGUGAACUCUGUUCUACACUGCUGGUUCGUUACCCCCGACCAACUGAUGUUCCACUAAUCCGCUCCGCAUCUGGAUAAACUACGACUCCGUUUCGCUAAUAGAUAACCUACAGACGGACGAUAUUAUUGCAUCACCUGACUGUUUUUUGUGGAAUCUUUUAAUUCCACAAUGAGCGGAAGGUGACCUGUAAGCAUCCUGUCUCAGGCUGUCCCUCACAAGACAACUGCAUCUUUGUCGUCAACGAACAAUUGAAUUGUGGGAAAUUGGUUCACCCAAUGUUUAGCAGGAACGCCCCCAAAGCGCCGGUGAAUGAGAAGAAGGAACGUCCGAUGAGCACCAUGAGUAGUGAUCCCUCUAACUACACAGGGGGCUCGGACUACACCACACAGCCCAGUAGCCCUGGAGCCAGGCCCUCUAGAUCCUCCUCCAAAAAAGUUCAUAACUUUGGUAAGAGAUCAAACUCAAUCAGAAGGAACCCCAAUGCACUGGUCAUCAAGAGUAAUUGGCUUUAUAAACAGGACAGCACAGGGAUGAAGCUCUGGAAGAAGAGAUGGUUCGUGCUGUCAGAGAUGUGCCUGUACUACUACAGAGAUGAGAAAGAGGAGGGAAUCCUGGGCAGCAUCCUGCUGCCUAGCUUUCAUAUAUCCAUGCUGUCUGUUGAUGACCACAUCAACAGGAAGUAUGCCUUUAAGGCCACACAUCCCAACAUGCGAACAUACUACUUCUGCACGGACACAGCCAAAGACAUGGAGUCAUGGAUGAAGGUUAUGACGGAUGCUGCCCUGGUGCACUCAGAGCCAGCCAAGAGCAGGUUGCUCAAAGUUGAUCAGUGUGGACCUCAGGAGGUCACUAACCACGUUAUCCAAAACCACCAACAUGUUCUGACCCGUCCAGAGAUCCAGAACAACGAGCGAAACCGUGCCGAGGCCAACCGUGAACUGGAACCCACUCACACUGUUACCGCUGUCACUAUGGUAACCACUGCUACUGAGGAGGACAGGAAACAGCGCGAGGCGGAGCGCUACGGAUUCCAAAAAGAAGGAGCGGAGAGGGAACGGCCUCUCACUAAGAUCAACAGCAUCAAGCUACAGCCGGAUCAGACUGCUGACGCCGCUGCUAAUAUCAGAGAUGGAUCCCCACAACAGGCAGAUACCCCGGAUGGGCCUUACAGGCCUCCACAGGUAAACGGAGCAGGGGGGGAAAGUCCCGGGGAGAUGAUGGCCCACCCUCAGCCUCACCGGACCCCCUCCGUCCAGGGCAGCAUAACCCCCACUACCCCUACCAACCAGUACCCCCAUCAGGAGCCGGAGGUCAGGACCCUGACCAGGACCAACUCCAUGCAACAGCUGGAACAGUGGGUUCGCACACAGAGAGUACGUAACCAGGACGACGACACGCGCAGUGUCAUGUCUUACCAGACACUCCCUAGGAACAUGCACAGCCACCGGGCCCCUUCCGCCAUGCCUCAGUACGUGGACCACAGCUACCGUACCUUACCCAGGAACAGCAUGGCCCGGCCGGACAGCAUCUGCAGCAUGUCCCCGUCCAUGUACGACCAGGCCCUGGGGUUCCCAGGGGCGGACAAGAGGCGCUCUAUGAGGGACGACACCAUGUGGCAGCUGUAUGAGUGGCAGCAGAGGCAGGCCUUCUCCCCCAGCCCCAGGCCAUUGUCGUCGACGCCCUACGGCACCCUGCCCAGCCCCAAGACCAUGAUCAACCUGUCAGAGCAGCAGGCUCAUGGCCACCACUCCAUCCCCCCCUCGCCGUCCCACGGUUCCCUCUCCAUGUACGGGGGCUACUCGCCCCUCCGCUCCGCCUACAACCACAGCUCCAGCAGGUCGGAGGUGGCCUCGCCCGUCUAUAGAGGGGACGUUCCAGUAGACAGGAGACACAGCAGGAUGCCACACGGCAAUAAGUAUGCCUACCAGCCUGACAGGAGGUCAAUGCCAGCUGGGAUUCCUGUCCAGACCAUCACUGCCCAGUCUCUGCAGGGCAAAACGCCCGAGGAGCUGACCCUGCUGUUGAUCAAACUGCGUCGCCAGCAGGCAGACCUCAACAGCGUCCGGGAGCACACAGUAGCACAGCUCAUGCAGCUAAGCCUGGAGGGUGGCCCCAACCCACAGAGUGACAUUCUGUCCCAUCACCUCCAGAGGAACCUCAUGUAUCUGGAUGGCCAGAUGUCCUCUCAUAUGAAGGAAAAUGAGCCUUUAAUCGCCAUGAUACAUAAGCUGAUAGAGAACACGGCGCCCCGGCCUCUGCUCCUCCGGCGUCACCACGUAACAAUGAGCUCCGAGGACUACAGGGAUCAUGCUUAUGUGUGCAGGCCGGAGGAGGUCGACAUCGAUGCCAAGCUGAGCAGGUUGUGUGAGCAGGACAAGGUUGUGAGGACACAGGAAAGCAAGCUCCAGCAGCUACACAGAGAGAAGCACACCCUGGAGACGGCUCUUCUGUCGGCCAGUCAGGAGAUCGAGCUGAGUGCUGAUAACCCUGCAGCCGUGCGCAGUGUGGUCCAGCAGAGAGAUGUGCUGCAGAACGGACUGCUCAGCACCUGCAGGGAGCUAUCCAGAGUCAUCACUGAGUUGGAACGGUCGUUGAGGGAGUACGAGCGGAUGGAGGGAGAGGUCUCAUUGGCCAAGAACAGCCUGCUAGAGCAGCUCGAGGCCCUAGGGAGCCCUCAGACGGAGCCCCCCAGCCAGCAGCACGUCCACAUCCAGAAGGAGCUGUGGAGGAUCCAGGAUGUGAUGGAGGCCCUCAGUGUCAACAAGGCCCAGAGGCAAGCGGACACACAGGGCUACUAUGGCUCCACGCCCAUCUCCAACAAAUACAAGACCGAGGAGGAGGAGGAUGCCUCUGCCCCCCCCCGGCCCCCCCUACCCCAGGCCUAUGAGCUCCACCAGGCCCCCUGUCCAACACCUCCGCCCCCACCACCACCCCGGGCUCCCGAGGACAGGAAGGUCGCCCAGAGGAACGGAACGCACAGCGGUCCUGACUACAGACUUUAUAAGAGUGAACCAGAACUCACCACAGUAGCUGAGGUGGAUGAGACCAAUGGAGAGGAUCGAUCUGAACAGUCAGACAGAGAUCCUUCAAACACUAAAGUCUCUUCUCCAGGAAUGUCGUAUCCUGUUGGCAUCGUUCCCCCCAGAACCAAAUCUCCCAACAUGCCAGAGUCUUCUAGCAUCGCUUCCUAUGUCACCCUAAGAAAGGGUCGGAGGCCGGACCCUCGCACGAUGCGACCCCACAGUGCGGUGGACCAGCUGUGUGCCGGAUCGGCGGAGAAGGAGGCUGGCCGGCCCAGGAUGAGCGUUGAGGAGCAGCUGGAGAGAAUCAAGAGGCACCAACAGGGAGCGCUGCGAGAGAAGAAGAAGGGUUUGCACAUCCUGGCAGGAAGCGGCUGCAACAGCCCGCAGGACCACAACACCACUCACCGUAACACAGUGUCACGUGGCCCCUCCUUUUCCAAGGAGAACCCCUUCCUCAGUACGCAGAACCGUCGCCAGCGUGACGAGGUGAUAAGCAGUGACAUCCUGGAGUUGGAGGCGGCACUUAGAGAACAGGAAGUGGUCAGAGAGCAGGAGACGCCCGCUGAGGAGAUAGCUCGCCUUAAAGAGGCUUCCCAUACCGACCAGUACAACGUGGACAGAGAGCUGUCGGUCCCAGAUAAGGUGUUGAUUCCGGAGCGCUAUGUGGAGUCUGACCCCGAGGAAGGCCUCAGCCCAGAGCAGGAGGCUGACAAACAGAAGAAAGUGGACCGCAUCAAAGCACUCAUCGCCAAGAACAGCAUGCAGAAUGUUCUCUCACCUCCUGGUUUGGUGCUGAGCCCAGAAGAAGAGGCAGAGGAGGAGGCUACAGCCCAGGAGCAGGAGAAGCUGAUCAACAUCUCCUACGAGCUGGCAGCAGAGGCGUCCAGACGCAGCAAGCUGGUGGCAGUGCACAGCUUGUCAUCAUCCUCACCUCCUCCCGAGCCCCAACCAUCCCCAUCUCCGCCUCCUAACACCCAGCCCCCCCAGCUCACUGAUGGCUCCCACUUCAUGUGUGUGUAAUGGCAGUAGCAGCGCCCAGGCCCUGGCUUCAGUGAAGACCUACACAUGAAGGAUGUAACUACGGACAGAUGAGGCUCCCGUUUCUCAUGAACAGAGCCGGCCCCACCCACAUAUGAUACCCUCAGUACAAAGUCCAACGGACAGAUGGACCAGUAGACAACAUCACACUCUGGGCCUCUGCUCAAUUACUGUGACGCCACAUCCUCCUGUAAAACACUGUUCUUUCCUGUCAACACAUUGCCUCCCGUUGUGUUCUGUGUAGAUUCAGUACAGCCACAGACCAGAUUUACUACCACAGGAGUUUAUUAUAUAUUUUUAGGUCAUAGAAUUGACAACUGAUCAUUUCAUGUUGGCACCAGUACAAAGCCAGUGCCCUGGUCUUUCCCCAAUAUAUGUGACUUUAGCUAGCUGCUAAUCACAAAGACACAUCGAAGUUCUUACUAGCUAGCCAAACAUUCUACACGGUUAAAAGUACAUUUUCAGUAAUUCCAGAGGGACUAGCCAGCCAACUCUAGGAAGCUCUCGGCAUACCGACGGAAAGCACCAUGUGGUAUUUUGGCAUUAAAGUGCUGAGCCAAAAGUCUUGCAGUAGUUCAGUGGUAAAUCUUGUCCCCAGUUGCAUUGCAUUACAUGAUGUUUAAUUUGAAACUGUUGGUUGCUGUUGGUGCAUAAUUGGUUUCAUUGCUGUUAUUUAUAUAGUGAGGUAUUGACAAUUCUGUUUGUGUAUUGGCUGAAGGUGUUGCUGUCUUCAGAGCGUAAGGGCUGAAUCCUGCUCAGACAAUAACUCCCCUUCAGUCCAAGACCGUCAUGUGGUACAGACAUUAUCACAGACACAGUUGCCUAGUGGCAAUUUAUUUUCUUUGCAGUUCAAGGGUUUCUCUUUUCAGCUUGGUUUUCUAACUUUUUUAUUUUGUUAAUGUUUUAAAUUGUCCUUUCAUCACAUCACACAACACUGCAUAUUUUACAGAUUUUAUUCUAGUGCAUAAACUAUUUCUAUUUUAUAUGUAAAACGGAAUAUAUAAGACAGAAAUAUAGUUGAUUUAUAAUUCGAAUGUGCCACUUUAUUGCUACUGCAGAAUGAGGAGGGAUAUUGAUAUAUAUAUGAUAUUUUCUUCUGGUUUCUUGAAAUUAUAUUUAUAUGUUGGACUUUCUUGCUGGCCCUUCUCUGUAUGCAGUGCUCUACUCUUUGCAGUGUUUUUCACUAGGGCUUAUGUGGUGCACUUUUUUUAAUCAGUGCCCAUUGGGCUGCCCUUGGGCUUUCUAGAGCUUUCCUUUGGGCUCAUGGGGCUUUUAAUAGGGCCGUCGAAGUCUCAUCUGGGCCGUUGAGGUCUCAUCUGGGCCGUUGAGGUCUCAUCUGGGCCGUUGAGGUCUCAUCUGGGCCGUUGAGGUCUCAUCUGGGCCGUAGAGGUCUCAUCUGUGCCUUAGAGGUCUCACCUGGGCCGUAGAGGUCUCACCUGGGCCGUAGAGGUCUCACCUGGGCCGGAGAGGUCUCACCUGGGCCGGAGAGGUUUCAUCUAGGCUGUAGAUGUCUCAUCUGGGCCGUAGAGGAUUAACCUGGGCUGGAAAGGUCUCAUCUGGGUAGUGCAAUACAUAAAGAAUUGGGUGCCAUUUGGGAACACAACCUGUUGUUGCUGACCCACACACAAAUGUUUUGGCUUCAAAAGGACUUAUGCUUUGUUUUUUUAUUGAAAAGAAUAUAUUUAAGAAAAUAACAGCAAAAAAGGUUUUAACUGGUUUAGCUUAGAAGUCUGUUUUGAAACUUCUUGGUUUUGGGAGGGUCCUGGAACAGAAAGAUAAUGGAACCAAACAGCACAUGUGAAAGCAAUUAUGGUGCCAUUGGGGAAAUAUAAAUAUUUUUUUGUGUACAAAAUGUAAUUACUAAGAUGUUCUUAGUGUAUAUACCAUACCCUGAUAAUUGGUACGGACAUGAGAUGGGAGGAGGCUUAAACGGCUACUAUGUUAUUAACAUUCAUUUGAUAUGCAAAUGUUCAUAUCCCAUCUGUUUUAUAUCAUGUUAAAUAAAUGUUGCUGUUCUUACACAAA